GCGAAGAACAGUAACAUAUUUAUUUGAUUUUGUACGACUACAAAACUAUUGCCAAACAUUCGUUAAUCAUAAUUGACUUCUGUCUAAAAUUUUGAGCUUUCCGAAUGCUGUACAAAACAAGCACAGCUCAGCCAUAUAAAACUUAAGGAAAAAUGGCCACAGCUCAUCUCGACGUGAACGAGUUGAAAAAGCAAGCAUUACAACAUUUUACUAAAGAAUUUGGUGAUAAUGCAACCCUUUGUGCAUGUGCUCCCGGACGCGUCAAUUUGAUCGGCGAGCAUACCGACUACAACGAAGGUUUUGUCUUGCCAAUGGCUUUGCCUUUGAUAACUGUGAUUGUCGGAAAAGCAAACAAUACCAAAACAUGUAAAAUAAUCUCAAUGAACACUUGUGCUGGAGCACAAAACACUGCCGAAUUUGAGUGUAUCAACCGUCAAUCAAUAAAACCAGGAGAACCUAAGUGGGCUAAUUAUAUCAAGGGCACCAUCGUAAACUUUCCAAAGGACGUAUCUGCAUUUAAUGCUGUGAUUGUUUCAACGGUUCCUGCUGGUGGUGGGCUCAGUAGUUCUGCUGCUCUCGAGGUUGCAACUUAUACAUUUUUAGAAUGUCUUACAGGUCAUGUGCCCGCAAAAUUAGAAGAUAAAGCAUUGGCAUGUCAACGAGCCGAGCAUGAUUUCGCAGGCGUACCAUGUGGCAUAAUGGAUCAGUUUAUAUCAGCAUUAGCACUGGAAGGUCAUGCCUUACUGCUUGACUGCCGGGAUCUUGCAACCAAGCACAUCCCUAUAAAGGGCUUUGAUAAUCAUGUAUUCCUCAUAACCAACUCAAAUACACCGCAUAAGCUCAGUUCGAGUACUUACCGCCAACGUAGAGAUUGUUGUCACGAGGCUACCAAGCUUCUUGGCAAAAAAAGCCUGAGGGAAGCUGCAAUUAGCGAUCUUGAAGUCUUGAAAUCAAAGAACGCGAAUGAAGAGAUAAUAAAAAGAGCCCGCCACGUAAUUUCGGAGAUACAAAGAACUAUUGAUGCAGCAAGCAGUCUUGAAAAUAAUGACUUCGUAAGAUUUGGACAACUCAUGAACGAGAGCCAUAAUUCAUUGCGCGACGAUUAUGAGGUUUCUUCAGAAGAACUUGACUGCCUAGUAUCUAUAGCACGUAGCGUGGACGGCGUUUUGGGUACGAGAUUGACUGGCGCUGGUUUCGGCGGCUGUACCGUUACUUUAUUAAAAAAAGACGCGGUUGACAAUGUUAUUAAGCAAAUUAAAGAAAAAUAUGCAGGAACACCAAGCUUCUAUAUAGCAAAGCCUUCCAGUGGCGCUCGACGAUUGGAAUUAUAAAAGUGAUGUGAAAUGUUCUUUGAAAGGCAAGGAAGUAAAAUAAUCACUGAUAUUGCAAUUUUGCAAU